UCUUCGGCUGACGGAAGGGAUGGCAGAGCCCCGGCGCCAGCCAGCCAGCGGUUGCAACCGCGCGGCGCCCGCUGCCCUUCGGCUGGGAGUGGCGGAGUGAUGUGACCGGGUCGCUCGCCCUGUCUCCUGGCUCUUUCCUUAUUUCCCGGCAGAGAAAGGUGCAGAGCAUGGAGAAUGAUGAACUUCCGCCAGAGGAUGGGAUGGAUUGGUGUGGGAUUAUAUCUAAUAGCAAGUGCAGCAGCCUUUUACUACGUGUUCGAAAUCAAUGAGACUUAUAACAGACUGGCACUGGAGCAUAUUCAGCAACCCCCUGAAAAACUCAGAGAUGAGAGCACCUGGAUGCACUCCUUAAAAACGCGAUUGCUGUCCUUUCCUUUUUGGCUAUGGGCCAUUAUCUUUUUAGUCCCCUAUUUACAGAUGUUCUUGUUCCUUUAUUCCUGUACCAGAGCUGAUCCCAAAACAGUGGGGUAUUGCAUCAUUCCUAUAUGCUUAGCUGUUGUUUGCAAUCGUCACCAAACUUUCAUGAAGGCCUCCAAUCAAAUCAGCAGACUACAGUUGAUUGACACUUAAAAUCAUUCUGAAUUUUCUCAUGAGUUGUUUUAGAUAAUCACGAAGAUGUUUGGCUGUGUCAAUGAAAUAUGUGAAUGGAACUUGGGAGUCUUUUUGUCAAAGCGUUAACUACUGAAUAGAGCAUCUGCCUUCUAUUUUUUAAAAAAGUUGAUUUUAAAUAUGGCUAAUUUAUACUGGGUAGAGUGACAGAGCCCUCUUUGAGACUUGAGAGGGACAUUUUUCAUAUUGCCUUAUGACACAGCAUUUCUACACUUCAUCUGAAUUUUUUGUGGGGAUACAUAUAUGAAACCUUAAUUCACUGUGCAUACCUCACUCCAGUUCUUUCAAGCCUACUUUUAAGAAAGAAAUCAAUGAACAAGGAUUUGUCCUUUGUUGUACUAAUGUGUAAAGUUUGGAAUUAUUAUAAAAGUAGCAUUUAAGACAUG